AUGGGCUCCAAAGUCGGCUUUGCGGCGUUUCUGAAUCCCGAAGUCAAUCAGCAGUUCCAGAAGAUGUUGACUGCUUGGGCAGGUUUUCUGGUCAGUGACAAGUCGACAGGCACACUGAACAGCGGCCAAGGCGGUUGGUUCUCGCAGACGGCGCUGAAUAGCCCUCACAUGGUGGAUUCCGCCGAGAGCUUUGGCGUCGACAUCACCAAGCCAGCGGGCCGGUUUACGUCGUGGGACAACUUCUUCACGCGAGAGUUCUUGCCCCAUCGCCGCCCCGUUGCCUCCCCGGACGACCUCAGCAUCAUUCGGAACGUCAAACUCCACGACACCUUUUGGCUCAAGGACCAGAAUUACUCGCUCGCUCACAUGCUGGACAACGACCCCCGCGCCGAGCAAUUCGCGGGCAGGACCGUAUACCAGGCAUUCCUCAGCGCCGGCAGCUACCAUCGCUUCCACGUCCCAGUCUCCGGGCACAUCGUCGAUCCGCCCGCCAUUGUCGCCAGGACGUACUACUCCAAGCCGCUGCUCACGGGAUUCAGCCCCAACAGCGGGCCUGCAGACCCGGAUCCCGGCGCGGACGAGGCCUCUCAGGGGUACAUCUCGGCGGUGGCGACGCGGGCCGUCGUCUUCAUCGAAGCCGACAACAAGGACAUCGGCCUCAUGGCCAUGAUCCUGGUGGGCAUGGCCCAGGUCUCGUCGAUCGAAAUCACCAUGCCGCCCCAAAAGAACUUCGUCAAGGGCGAACAGCUGGGCAUGUUCCACUUCGGCGGCUCCACGCACUGUCUGUGCUUCCGGCCCGGCGUGAUCCUGCAGUUCAAGUUCCCCGACGAUAUCCCCGGUCCGAACAACACGAUCCAGUGGCCGGUCAGCAGCGCGCUUGCCACCGUGGUUGCGCCCACCACCACUGCCUAG